AUGGUGGGGGUGAAGCAGCAGCUGGCUGACCUGGUGUCCGAGCCCCUGCCCUGUCACCAGCAGGCCACCGUAGAGGCCCUGCUGACCAUCCUGGUCCACUGCAGAGACGUCCUCCGCCAUCUCCUCCAGAACCGCAUCACCAGUGCCGACGACUUUGAGUGGACAAGGUCACAGCUUUGAUCAUAGUUGCUACUCCUAGUAUUGAUUUUUCUUGAAAUACCUGGCCUUAUGUAGACUAGUUCCAAAUCUUUUUGUGUUGUCUAUGAUCAGAAUAACUCCUAUUGUUAGGCCAAACAUAUCUAGGAUCAGGCUAGGACUUCUGAGCAUGUUUUUUCAAUUUUACUGAGUUUGAGAUGAUUGUUGAUAAUUUAGGUAAGCUUCAGAGCUGCACAAGACUUACUUACAUGAACAACUUAAUGUUGGCUAGUAAGCCAACCAAAACAGAUCUCCAGAUGAAACAUUUGUACUUUUUGUCACUUUUUUGUCAUUGGUUCUGUUGGUUUCAGGCAGCUCCAUUAUGACUGGCAUGACAGCACCUCUCUGUGUUACGUGGUCCAUGCCCAGGCCUCCUUCAUGUAUGGCUAUGUGUACCUGGGCUGUUCCCCUCGACUGGUCAUCACGCCGCUCACUGACCGAUGCUGGCUGACCCUCACCGGGGCCUUGAGCCUCCAUCUGGGGGGAGCGCCCGCCGGACCCUCUGGGACUGGCAAGACAGAGACGGUCAAGGACCUGGCCAAGGUAAGGACCUGUCACUGAAGUAGGAUAAAAACCUGGGAAGUAUUUUUCUUUAGUAAGUUAGUCGGUGUGUGGACCUGAAAAUGCCAGUAGUAGAAAAAGAGAAUGUCCACACUCUUGGGAAACCACCAUCACUGGCAUCCUUGUAGCUCUGUAUUCAAACUGAUACUGUAUUUACAGGAAGUAAAACCAUGUUGAUGUUGUUUUCCUCUGCAGGCGCUUGGAAAGUUCUGUUUAGUACUGAACUGUUUUGACAGUCUGGACUAUAAGGUAGCCAUGGACAUUUCUAUUCUCAUUAUAACUCUAUAGCUAUUGUACUUUUGAUGCAUUGAAAUAUGUUUGUUCUAGCUCAUUGCAUCAGUUGUAGAGACUGAAGAAGUGGAGUGGAAGUAUGUAUACAUUUUACUGUAUACUGUGAGUUAGUUGCACAAAUGUAGAAAUCAAUAAAGUAGUUGUGUAAUUUAUUUCAUGUCUCUGUGACAUUCCCUUACCAGAUGAUGGGGAAGCUGUACUCUGGCAUGGUGCAGUCUGGUUCCUGGUGUUGUUUUGAUGAGUUUAACUGUAUCAACGUGGAGGUGUUGUCAGUCAUCGCUGCUCAGCUUCAGUCCAUUAAGGCUGCCAUGCAUAGUCACAGUUUACGGUAUGCCUCUGGAACUUACUGUGUUCUUUAGACUGAUUUGUAUUUUUAUGGCUGGGAAGUUUUUCAUUUUACAUUGAUUUAACUGAACAGGUGAAUAGUUUAGUUUGAGCAGUCAAAUAUAUUUGAUAUUUACUCUGUUUUUACCAAAGGUUUGUGUUCGAGGGAAGAGAUAUACGACUGAACGCCUCAUGUGGAUUCUUCAUCACGAUGAAUCCAGGGUAACAUGAUCUGUCAUGUUUAGUUUAAGUUCAUACCCUUUUAAAAACAUUUUAUAACUGUUAAUAAUAUUUUAUAACCUGUUAUAACCUUUCGAAAACAUCGUAGCUAAUACCACAGAAUAGGAACUGUCACGGUUUCGGCCGAGGCUGCUCCUCCUCCUGGUUCGGGCAGGCUUCGGCGGUCGUCGUCCCCGGAGUACUAGCUGCUACCGAUCUAUGUUUCAUGUUCGUUUGGUUUGGUCUUAAUGUUGUACACCUGUGUCUAGUUAGUCCUCGUUAGUGUUCUAUUUAGUUCUCGUUGUGUGUGUCUGUGUUUGUGUGUGAUUGCGCCUCUGUUACGUGUUGGAGCUACAUUUUCCCUCCAGGGUUUGGAGUAGUUUCUUUGCACAUGUUUUGUGCGCAGUUUAUUUUGUCGCCUGUGUGCGCCUGGUAUUCGCCUUCAGGCUUAUUGUGCGUUUGCUUGUGUGAAUUUUGCACUAAAGCCUUUGAACUGAGCCUCUGCGUCCUGCGCCUGAUUCCUACACCACACCCACCUUCAGCACCUUAUGACAGAAUCACACACCCCAAUGGAAUCAGCAGGAUCGGCAGAGACGCCUGUGUCGCUCGAGGAGCAUAUCCGUGGACAAGAUGGCCAGAUUCGACAACUGGAGACCGCUCUACAGGAGGUAAUCUACACCUUGCACCGAUGGGAGGCCAGCCGGGUACCCACACCUCCACCUAUUCUGUCCACCCCAUCGGUCGGUCCACCAGUCCUAGGUUCGGAACCCAGGGGGAUUCGGUUCUCGCUCCCGAGGGCGUAUGACGGAACAGCUGCCGGGUGUCAGGGGUUCCUCCUGCAGGUGGAGCUCUACCUGGCCACUGUACACCCGGUGCCCUCGGGAUACGAGAGCGUUUCCGCCCUCAUCUCCUGUCUCACGGGCAAGGCGUUGGAGUGGGCUAACGCCGAGUGGAGGAGAAUGGACGCCAACACCGUGACCUACGCAGAGUUCUCCCGCCGCUUCAAGGCCGUGUUCGACCAUCCACCUGAGGGCAAAGCGGCGGGGGAGCGUCUAGUCCAGUUGAGACAGGGGAGGAGGAGCGCGCAGGCGUUCGCUCUUGAGUACCGGACUCUAGCGGCUGAUGCAGGGUGGAAUGAGCGGGCUCUCAUCGACCAUUUUCGAUGUAACCUACGAGAGGACGUUCAACGUGAGUUGGCCUGCAGGGAUACCCAUCUUACAUUCGACCAGUUGGUCGAUAUGUCCAUCCGUCUGGACACCCUGCUGGCCACCCGUGGACGUCCCGAGGGGAGUCCGUCCAUUCCGCUCUCCGGCCUCUCCGAGCCGAGCCCUAUGGAGCUCGGGGGUGCCGGCGCUAGAGAACGGAGUAGGAGGAGCCCGAGGGGGCCUGUCUCCUGCACCAAGUGCGGUCGUGGAGGGCCACCUGCGGCCAGGUGCUGGGGAGGGUUCUCCGGGGGAGAAGACAACCAGGCCACGCACUGGGGGGGCCUCCCAGGUGAGUAGACGUCCCACUUACCCAGAGCUUUCUGUUGCGCACUUUUGUAUACCUGUGUGUUUUCCACAGGUUGCACCUCAUUCCCAGCAUAGGCGCUCGUAGAUUCAGGCGCAGCUGGGAAUUUUUGUUGAUCGGAAGUUUUGUUUUUGAGUUAGGGACCUCUCCUACCUGUUCACAAACCUUUUCCUCCCCGUUCAUGCCUUAGAUAGCCGUCCAGUUGGGGUCGGGGGUUGAUCAGGGAGAUCACAGCGCCACUUCGGAUGUGUGCGCAGGGGGGUCAUGAGGAGACUAUACAGCUGUAUCUGAUCGACUCUCCUGCGUACCCAGUGGUGCUGGGGAUUCCCUGGUUAAGCACCCACAACCCUGCUUAUUUCGUGGCAACAGAGGGGCUCUCGAUGGGGUGGUCUGCUCAGUGCGAGGGGCGAUGUCUGGGUGUUUUCUGUGGGGGCGACUUCGGUGGAGAGUUCCAAACCAAGUGCCCGCACUGCACAAUUCCGCCUGAAUAUGGGGAUUUAGCUCUCGUGUUUAGCAAAACUAGGGCGACGCAGUUGCCUCCUCAUAGACAGGGGGAUUGUGCGAUUGAUCUCCAGGCAGGAGCAGCGCUCCCACGGAGCCAUGUGUAUCCUUUGUCUCAAGAGGAGAGAAAAGCUAUGGAGACUUACAUAGCCGAAUCUUUGAGACAGGGAUACAUUCGGCCCUCCACUUCUCCCGCCUCCCUCGAGUUUUCUUUUUUGUGAAAAAGAAGGAUGGAGGGUUUGCGCCCGUGCAUUGAUUACCGUGGUCUCAAUCAGAUUACUGUGAAAUACAGUUAUCCACUCCCUCUGAUUGCGACCAUGACGGAGUCAUUGCAUGGAGCGCGGUUUUUCACAAAACUGGAUCUCAGGAGUGCAUAUAACUUGGUGCGCAUUAGGGAGGGUGACGAAUGGAAGACAGCGUUUAGUACCACGUCAGGUCAUUUCGAAUAUCUCGUCAUGCCCAUAUGGGUUGAUGAAUGCUCCAUCAGUCUUCCAAUCCUUCGUAGAUGAGAUUUUCCGGGAUAUGCAGGGACAAGGGGUGGUCGUGUACAUUGAUGACAUUCUGGUGUACUCGUCUACCCGAGCCGAGCAUAUAACCCUGGUGCGUCGUGUAUUGAGGAGGCUGUUGGGAGCACGACUUAUAUGUCAAGGCAGAGAAAUGUCUGUUUUUCCAGGAGUCGGUCUCCUUUUUGGGUUAUCGGUUGUCCGCGUCAGGGGUGAGAAUGGAGGUGGAUCGUGUGUCCGCUGGUGCGUAAUUGGCGAAAACCCCAACUACUGUAAAAGAGGUGCAGCAGUUUUUGGGCUUUGUGAAUUACUACCGGAGGUAUAUCCGGGUUUUGGACAGGUGGCAGCUCCCAUCACGUCCCUUCUGAAGGGGGGGUCCGGUGCGACUGCAGUGGUCAGCCGAUGCGGACAGGGCCUUAGGAGACUGAAGGACCCUGUUUACCGUCGGCUCCGGUGCUUGGCGCAUCCGGAUCCUCAUUAACCCUUUCAGGUUGAGGUAGACCGCGUCUGAGGCUGGUAUAGGGGCCGUUCUCUCUCAACGGUCCGGCACGCCACCUAAACUCCGCCCCUGUGCUUUUUACUCUAAGAAGCUCAGCCCGGCGGAGCGUAACUAUGACGUUGGGGACAGGGAGCUGUUAGCUGUAGUUCAAGCCCUUAAAGGUGUGGAGGCAUUGGCCUUGAGGGGGCUCAACACCCUUUCCCUCAUUUUGACUGACCAUCGGAACCUGGAGUACAUCCGGGCAGCGAGGAGACUGAACCCUCGCCAGGCUCGAUGGAGUAUGUUUCUCACCAGGUUCGUAUUUAAAAUCACGUACAUCCCUGGGUCCCAGAAUUGGUAAGGCAGAUGCGCUGUCCCGGCGGUAUGACACUGAGGAGAGGUCCGUUGAGCCCACUCCCAUAUACUACCGUAGUCGUUCCUUGUGGCACCGGUGGUGUGGGAGGUCCGAUUCCGAAAUCGAGCGAGCGUUUGCGUACCGACCCCAGCCCUCCACAGUGUCCUGAGGGUCGGAAGUACGUUCCGCUCGAGAUUCGGGAUCGACUCAUUUACUGGGCUUUACACGUACCCUCCCCUGGACAUCCGGGUAUCGGCCGGACAGUGCAUUGCCUUAGCACUAAAUACUGGUGGCCCACUUUGGCUAGGGAUGUGAGGGUUUUUGUCUUCCUCCUGCUCGGUGUGCGCCAGUGUAAGGCGCCCCGACAUUGCCCGGGGUUACAGCCCCUACCCCUUCCACAACGACCAUGGGUCCCACCUCUCGGUGGAUUUUGUAACAGACCUUCCCUCUCUAGGGGAAUACCACCAUCCUGGUCGUUGUGGCGUUUUCUCUAAGGCUGUGUUUCUCCCUAUGUCGGGUCUUCUACUGCCCUAAACCCAAAAUGCUGAGGCCCUAUUUACCCACGUCUUUCCCGGGAUUACGGGGUCCCGAGGAUAUAGUGUUGAUCGAGGCCCCCAGUUCACCCCCCGGGUGUGGAGAGCGUUUAUGGAGCGUUUGGGGGUCUCGGUUAGCCUUACCUCGGGGUACCCCCCGGAGGUAAGGGCAGGUAGAACGUGUCAAACCCGGAUGGGGUAGGUUUCGGAGGUCUUAUUGCCAGGACCGGCCUGAAAGGGGUGGGCGCGUUACAUUCCCUGGGCCCAGAUGGCCCCGAAUUCUCUCCGCCACUCCUCUACCAACCUAACCCCUUUCCAAUGUUUUUAGGUUACCAGCCGGUUCUGGCACCGUGGCAGCGAGCCAGAUCGAGGCGCCUGCGGUGGAUGAUUGGAUGAGGGCUCGGAAGAGACGUGGAACGCUGCCCACGUCCACCGAAGCGGGGCCGUCCGUCGUCACAAGGCGAGCGCCGAUCUCCACCGCAGUGAGGGGGGCCGGUGUACGCCCCCGGAGAUCGAGUCUGGGUCUCUACGAGAAAACCUACCCCUCCGCCUGCCCUGCCGGAAACAUGGGUCGGCGGUUUGUGGGGCCUUUAAAGUCCUGAGAAGAUUGAACGAGGGGGUGAUAAGUUUAAUCUACCUGUUGAAUAUCGAAUAUUAACCCCGUUCCCUGUGUCUCUCUAGGCCGGUGGGGAGCUGGUCCACUCCAGGACAAUGAAGGGAAGGAGAGAAAUCCUCCGCCCCCAUGGGGCAGCAGGGGGGCUCGGCAUACACCGGUUUUGGUCCAUCUGGACUCAGACGCCGGAUGGGGGGGGGCUCCAGUAUCUCGUGGAGUGGGGGGGGGGAACGGCCCGGAAGGAGCGGUGCUGGUGCCGCGGAGGGGCAUCCCAGACCCAUCUCUCCUGUCGGAGUUUUCCCCCGGGACCAUUCCCGCGCCCCCCUGCUCCGCGUCCUCCUGGUCGUCCCGAGGUGUCCCGGGGUCGGCGCACGGCUGGAGCCGAGCGUCAAGGGGGGGUUAUGUCACGGUUCGGCCGAGGCUGCUCCUCCUCCUGUUCGGGCAGGCUUCGGCGGUCGUCGGCCCCGGGUACUAAACUGCACCGAUCUAUUGUUUCAUGUUCGUUUGGUUUGGUCUUAAUGUUGUUUAAACCCGUGUCUAGUUAGUCUCGUUAGGUUCUAUUUAGUUUCGUUGUGUGUGUCUGUGUUUGUGUGUGAUUGCCCCCUCUGUUACGUGUGGAGCUACUUUCCCUCCAGUGUUUUUGGAGUAGUUUCUUUGCACAUGUUUUGUGCGCAGUUUAUUUUGUCGCCUGUGUGCGCUGGUAUUUCGCCUUCAGGCUUAUGUGCGUUGCUUUGUUGAAUUUUGCACUAAAAACCUUUGAAAAUGAGCCUCUGGUCCUGCGCCUGAUUCCUACACCACACCCACCUCAGCACCCUUUGACAGGAACGAAAACGGAUUCUUGACAGUUGACCUCUCUCUUUCAGUUGCAAAGGUCGAGUGGGUCACCUGACAAACCUAAAGUCCCUGUUCCGGCCUGUCUUCUAUGAUGGUACCUGACUUUGACUGAUUUCUGAGAUCAAUGUUGUUUCUGAGGGCUUCAAAUCAGCCAAAUCACUGUCCCGGAAGACGUCAACCUCUACCAGCUCGCGCAAGCAGCUGUCUCAGCAGGUUGGACUUACCUACAUAGACCUUUUUUUUUCUAGAGUGGGUAUCUUAGAACCUUAAAGGGUUCUUUGGCUGUCCCCAUAGGAGAAACCUUUGAAUAACUUUUUUUUUUUGGUUGCAGGUUAGAAACCCUUUUGGGUUCCAUGUGGAACCCUUUUCUACAGAGGGUCCCUUUGAAAAAGUGAUGAGGUGGUUGAAAGGAGUCCAGGCGCAGGAGGGUAAUCACAGAAUACAGGCUUAUCCGCCAAAAUACAGUACGCAGAACUGCGUCAACAAUUUCCAGGUCACAAAACAGGUGCACUGGAAAAUACAAGGCACACAGGAAAAUACUCCGUCGAACAAAUAAAACGGCUCCACCGAGCUUCACUAACCUUCACAAAAAACAAUCACCCAAAAAGGAACAAGGGUCAGAGGGAACACGUAUACACGACUAAUUAGGGAUAGAACCCGGUGUGUUUUGAUAACGGACAAGACAAUUGUGAUGAUGAUCGGGCGGCAGUGGUUAGUACUCCAGUGACGACGAAAUGCCGAAGAUGCCGAACAAGGAGGGAUCGAGGAUAUCCCUCACCGGAACCCCGCACGUUUUCCCCCGGACCGUCCCCUCCCACUCCACAGUACUGAAGGCACCCCACCCGAUGCCUCGAAUCCAGGAUGGCUUUUAGGUUGUAGAGGAGAGGUGAAGAGAGUUCUGGCCAUAUUCUGCCCAUGGCAAGAACACCGGACCACUCCCCGCCCGGUCCUGGCAGAAAAGGACCGCUGCGGGAAACCCUUUCCCCCACAUCCUAAAUUACUCGUUUUCCACCUCCCCAUUAAACCGGGGGGGAAAACCAGAGGUCAGGCUGACGAGCCCCCCAAGUUCCAUGAAGUUUUCCAAACCUUGGACGUGAAGGGGGAAACUCGGUCGGACAAAUCCUCUGGCACCCCGUAGUCCCGGGGGGAAGACAUGAGGAAACCAGGGCCUCCCAGUCUGCCGGGCCUGGGAGACCGGGCAGAGAAAGGCUAGGGUGGGAGGAUUUUUGGAGAAGCGGUCACAAACGACCGAUGUGGUGUUCCCUGGGAGAGGGGAAACCCGUCAGAAUCAAUACAAGAUGGACCAUGGUUCGUUUGGAACUGGAAAUGGUUUUAGCUUACCCUUGGGAGGUGCUUAGGUGCUUAUCUGGGGGGCCACUGAGCAGGAGAGCUUUACCCCCUCACUCCUUAGCCAAGGUAGGCCACCAGACUUUCGCUCAACCCCAAAACACUGACCCCCCGAUCCUGGGUACAGAGGAGGUGAGUGUAACCCCCCAGAGACAUAUCAUGGAUAACCCAGAUACAUUAUCUUUUUAGAGACCUCUAUCCAAGCGAUUCAGUUAGUGAGUGCAUACAUUCAUUUUAAAAUUUAUUAUUAUUAUUUUUUAUAUAUAAAAUUUUUUUUGUGGCCCCCGUGGAAAAAUAAAACCCAAACCCUGCCUUUACAAACCCAGCUCACCAACUGAAUCUCCCAUCCUCCGGCCUUCCCCCCCUAUCCUGGACGACGCUGGGCCAAUUUGCGUGCCCCAUGGGUCUCCCGGUCACGGCGGCUACGACAGAGCCUACCUCCACAGGUCAAGGCUCGGACAACAGCCAACAGCCCCGAUCACCAACGGGCGUAUUCGCUCCGCCGGGCUGAGCUUUUUUAGAGAAGAAGGCAAGGGGCGGAGCUUGGGUGGCGUACCCGAGCCCUUGAGACAGGACAGCUCCUAUCCCAACCUCGGACGCAUCCACCUCCACUAGAACGUUAGGAUUGAAUCUGGGUGGGCCAGUACUGGGGCUGAGGUGAACAGACCCCGCAGUUUUUUUUCUGAAGGCCAGGUCAGCCUCAGCAGACCAGCGGAGCCGGGACGGCCCACGCUUCAAAAAGGGGAGGUAAGGGGCUGCGACCUUGCCAAAGCCCCGGGUAAACCUCUGAUAGUAGUUGGCAAAGCCAAGGAAACGCUGCACCUCCUUAAACCGUGGUUGGAGUUGGCCAAUUACGCACGGCUUGAAAUGCGAUCUCCCUCCAUCUCCACAACCUGAGGUGGAAAAUGCGGUUCCAAGGAAGGAGUCGGGGCUGCUGGAAAAAACAUACACUUCUCUGCCUUAGCAUAAAGGUAAAUUUUUCCCAAAAGUCGGGCCAGCACCUUGCGAACCAGGGACACAUGCUCGGCGCGCGUAGAGGAAACACCAGGAUGUCAUCGAUGUGACCACUACACCGCGACCAAGCAUGUCCCGAAACACCUCGUUCACAAAGGACUGGAAAAUGGGGGCAUUCAUCAAACCAUAGGGCAUCACCAGGGGAUUCAUAAUGCCCCCUGGUUGUGGUGAAUGCUGUCUUCCACUCAUCUCCCUCUUGGAUACGCACCAGGUUGUACGCACCCUGAGAUCUAAUUGGUGAAGAAGCCGCCCCAUGCAUUGAUUCAAUCACGAAGGAAUGAGGGGGAGAGGGUAACUAAAUCUUAUCGUCUCCUGUUCAGUGGUCGAUAAUCAAAGCAUGGGCGCAGACCUCCGUCCUUCUUCUUCACAAAGAAGAAACUCGAGGAGGUGGGUUGAAGUGGAGGGACGUGUAUAUACCCCUGGCGCAGGGACUCAGUGACAUAUGUUUCCAUAGCCACCGUUUCAGCCUGUGACAGGGGGUAUAUAUGUCUCCUGGGAGGUACGCGUCUACCCGAGGUUAUCGCGCAAUCCCCCACCCGAUGAGGGUGGUAAUUUAGUCGCCUGCGUUUUAGAGAACGCUUGCGCCAGCAGAUCGAGGUAUUCAGGGGGAAUGCAUCUAGGACACCUACCCUGACACUCUCGCGACCACCCCGUGAGAGCCCUCUGCGGCCAUGAGAAGGUGGGGUUGUGGAGUGCUAGCCAAGGGAUACCUAAUACCACAGGGAAAGCAGAUUCGAUAAUCGAAAAAAUUACCUGCUCAAAUGAGUCUCCUGGGUUGAUGUCUUAUGUCCUCCAUUUUGUCUUUGUGUUUUUUCCCUUCCUUUUGGGUUCUACUGUACUCUAGGACCAUUAUGAUUUUGGAAUGAGAGCCAUAAAGUCAGUGCUAGUUCUCGCUGGUCAGAAGAGAAGAUUUGCAGUUGCUGUCGUAAGUAUUAAAGAAACAAGAAUCCUCUGCAAUUCUUGAGGCCAAAAGGCAUUCCCUUGAAUGGUAAACAAAAGGCUGUGUCACUGGUCACUACCAUAUUCUCUUUGCUUCUCUCAUUAAUCUCAACUUGCCAGUACACAUACUGGAGUUGUUGUUGUGUUGUGAAAAACGUUGUGAGUAAAGGCGGUGUGAUAUUCCAGGUGUGGCCUGACCCCAGAGGAGGAAUGCUGCGUCUGAUCUGUGCUUUACAAGACUCUAAUUACCCAAGUGGUUCCUGAGGACGUUCUCUGUUUAAAAGCAUCAUGGAGGAUCUCUUUCCUGGCAUCGUCAAUCCCAAAACGAUCCAUCCUAAACUAGAGGUAAUUCCUUGUCACGUGUACACACACAAGUCCGGUGUAGUUGGUGGUUGUUUCGGUAAAGUAAAUGGAACUUGGUUAGAUCACCUGGCUGCAUGUAGUUUUGGUGUUGGACUUGACAAUAAUUUGUUGUGGUAUAAAUUAAUGUAAUAUACUUGUAUCUUCUCUCUAGAUUGCCAUAGCGAAGGCUACAGAGAUGCUUGGAUUUCAACAAUGGCCAAAUCAAGCAGAGAAGGUUACACAGCUGUAUAGCCAGAUUCUGGUCAGUAUUUGGUUUCUUAAACAUCCUGGGUCCAUACUUUCAAACUCUUGCUUAAGCCUCAGAUGUAAACCUUCUGGAACAAAAAAUGCUAGGUGUUAGUUUUCCCAUUGGAAAACAUGUCAGAAUUAGCCGCCUAGCUACCACAAUUUACUUGUAUUUCCGGGAACAAAUAACGAAUCAACCAAUGACUUCUGUUAAGGACUCUUUCAUGAAAAAGUGUUAAAUCACGUCCAACUACGUCUUCUUUUAGUUGGCUGAAGCAGUAUUUGUUAACGGAAAUAAUAAUGCGGGUCAGCUAGUGGCUAACGGUGACACGUUUUCCGAUGGGAAAAGCUAACACCUAGCUUUUAUUCCAUAAGGACUACACCUGAGGUUUAAGCAAGAGUUUUUAAGUAUGGACCCACAAAUAUGACCUGUUGAUAUUGUGAUUACAAUACAAUAUCAUUCAACUAAAUGUUGAUGUUGCAGGCUCGAGGAGGGGUGAUGUUGAUUGCUCCUACAGGAGGGGGGAAAAGGACAACAGUGAGAUCAUCCUGCAGCACGCUCUACCCCUGCUGCCCUCUCUGUCUGAAGUCCACAGGAGGACCAGCGUCUUUAUGCAGGUACUGCACACUCUUUAG